AUGGCGUCAGGGCUCGUCAGGAUCGCGUUGGAGUGCGAGAAACGUCACCGGUCCGGGACAAAGCUUUUCCAGGAGCCUAAGUGGACCAUGUAUUGCAACGGGAGGAAGUGCGGGGCAGCCUUGUCGCGUGGCGGCGGGUGUAUCGAGUCGGACUGGCGAGUGUUGAACACGGUGUCUAGGGUUACGGUUGGAGCUGGAGUUAUUCCGACGGCGAAGAGUACUGAUGACAUGUCCGGUGGUGGUGAUUUCGGUGGUGGAACGGAGCUUGGGGAGUUGUUGUACAUGAGAGGUAGGUUUGAACUGAAACAAUUUGAGUGUAAUGAACAAGAGUUUGUUUUACUGAAACUUCAUGAGUUCAUUUCUUGA